CGGAGGGAAGUUGUCUGGUGAGUAAUAUAUUUAUUUCCACAAAGGGGGAGGUUGGAAAAUAGAAAAGUGAGAUUUAUCUAGUGCUAUCGAUGCGUGUAAAUUUAGAGUACCGGAUACAUGCGCCACUCCCUGGAAUCGCGCAACACCGCGCCGUCCGUAUUUUACAAGAACGAAUAAACAGCCAGGGAAGUAUCUAUUUACGAAGAAAUAACGGACCGUUUGAAAGUGGACACCACAUUAAGGGUACUGGCACUUGCAGGACCCAAGAUAGCCGAUGCCAUAUGAACACCUGAUCCAUCAUUAUCUUGCUAGCGGUUACGCAGUGAAAUCACACCAACGUCGU